ACUAGUUGUACCAUCUACAUGCACACAUAGAGAACAGACAAUACAUCGUUACCCAGACUAUUGGAACCCUCGCCAUGAGCCUCGCAGCAUCUCGGUCGAUCCGCCCGGCCAUGUCCAUCAGGCGACUACAACUGCAGUCGUCCUUGUCGACCGGUUUCCAGCUUUCGAUCGCAAAUACAGCCUUUAUCCGGCAGUCACCAUUCGCUCGCCCGCUUGCCUCGCAUGCCUUUGCAUCUGCCAUCGAGUUGCCCUCGAAGUUGUCCCCGACGUCGGAGCAAUCUUAUGCCAACAAGAUUGAGCCGUUUUCAUCGAGGACCCUUCCCGAAACAAAAGCUCUGCUCCUCAUCGCCGUACCUACUCCACCUAAACAGUGGGGCUGCGUCAUAGAGAAAGAAGAUCUGAUCGUGGGAGCUGCCAACCUGGACAAGAACCUUCGGAACGCCGAGGUCAGGAUUUUGGCGACAUACGAAGGAGGGACGACGUAUUCUGCCCGACUGUUCCGUCCGGACGGUACCGUUGCCCACAUUCAGAAUUUUAGCGAAGCCACACUUGCUUCGGAAAGCUUCAAGAGCCUGGUUGAUGGCAAGUCGUCGGAAUUUAAGCCGGUAGAGAGAGCCGAGGUGGUCGUAUGCACUCAUGGUGCAAGGGACUGUCGAUGCGGAGACAUCGGUGGGGACCUGGUGUUCUCGUUGAGAAAGGAGGCCGAGAACACGCAAAAGCAAACGAAAGUUUCGGAAUGCAGCCAUGUGGGAGGUCACAAAUUCGCUGCCAAUGCCAUCCUUCUGCCUUCCAUGCACAUGCUUGGCAACUUGAGACCAGAAGAUGCAUCGCCGCUUUUGAAGCAUGUCGAUAGCUUGGAAGGAAAGGGUGACGGCCCAGUCGAUCGAAACAUGUGGGAACAUUUCCGAGGCGCUUUCGGGAGGACGACCGGCGAGCAGGUCAGCAUGUACGACUGGAACACGGGAAAGCGGGGAGAGGCCGAGGUUGAUGAUCGGCAGACGGCUUCUUUUUCGCCUGCGCCCCGAAGACGAGUACAACAGAGUCGAGCGUAUUCGACCUCGUCACCUGCGCGGCUCGAACUCCGGAAAAGUCGAUCGAAUGGAGAGUCCUCACGUCGUUCGUACUCGACAGGUCCCGAGAGCGAGACCGCAGGAGAGGAUGGCAAGGCCAAGGGUGUCGGGAACAAGCUGAAAGACUUGAUGAAAAAGUACGGACGGCAUGCCCUUGGAGUUUACCUGUUCCUCUCGGCCAUCGAUUUCGGGAUCGCCUUCCUCGGUGUGCACUUGGUCGGAGCCGAACGGCUAGAAGCUGUCAAGGAUAUGGUGAUGGAGCAAUGGCGUAAAUUCCGACCCGCUCUCGAGACGGACAACGAGUUGAUUGACAGUACCACGGACAAGGCUGGAGAGGUCGCCGUAGACGUGAUGGAAAGGGCGCAGGAAGGCAAGGAGGCUAGCGAGUCGGGUGCUCCCGCUCAGAAGAAGCGCAGCCGUACUGCGAUGUUAUGGGCAGAGGCUGCUUUGGCUUACACCAUCCACAAGACGUUGUUUUUGCCCGUUCGUGUUGGUCUUACGGCCGCAUGGACACCCAAGCUCGUCAAGUGGCUGACGCUCAGAGGUUGGAUCGGCAAGGGAGGCAUGGGUCGGGCUGCAGCGCGUGCCCAAGAGAAAGUCAAGGACGCCCAGGCCAAGGUGAAGGAGGCAAGGACGAGGCUUUCCAACAAGAACGAUUGACGACAUAGACUUCACGAAAUGUACAAACGGAAAUAUAGCUCGAGGUGUCCGCCUAUUCCAUAGGGUUUCCUCGUGAACCUGCUAGGCUGAUUUCCAAAUUCAUCGGGACCCUACACCGUCGCGCAUUGGUGUGGUUCUUAUCCGGCUCAUCUACCAGGAUCAUCAUAUACGGAUCACAUACUGUAUACUGUACAACGUCAGGCCUGAGGGUAGACUGCCUGUGAUGCCAGAUGGUGAACAGCCUGGUUGACUCGCAACGUUUGUGGAAACGUGAACGAAGAGCCAACAUCAUCGGUCGAAGCCGAGAUAUCGAUCGGGCCCGAGCUGCUGAGCGAUCUGUAGUGUAUUUGACAAACG